AUGGUCUCUUCUCAGCAAGGCUACUCCAACACCACCACCGACAUGAAGGGUAACACCCAAGCUGUCAACGAGGCUCAGUCCAACCUCCCUCUCCCCGAGCAGCCCCCCGUCGCCUCAGACUUCAACUCCGCCGAUGCUAGCACCGUAAACGUUGGCUCCGGUCGCCAAGAAGCUUCUUUCUCAUCAGGUGGUGGUGCCAUCCGCGACCCCGCUGUCGGAGCUGGUGGUGUUGCCGGACGUGAGGCUAAGGAUGGACUUGGCGGCAUUCCCAACGAUGCUGUCUCUCGUGAGGCGAAGGACCACUCUGGUCUUGCCGACACAACUGGCAAGGACUACGGAUACCCCCAGAAGAACGACCCCAGCGGCAAGCAGUAG